GACGCUGCUCCACUACUGCAUCCCUGAGAAGUCCAGCGCUCGUGCCUGCCAUAUCUAGCUCUUCCUGCUACCUGUGAUCACCUGCUGCCCGGUCACAAAGGGAAGGGCUGACUGGGGCAAACUGCCAGCGGAAGCCCGCGGCCGGGCGCGCAGCUGGGGACGGUGGGCUCCCUUUGGACUGGCAAAUGCCAACCCUUGGGUCGUUCGUCAAUCAAUUUCAAGCUUGACCUACAAGGGUCGCCGGUUGCGUGACGGGGCGCGAUUGGGGCGCGGCUCCAUGCAGACUGCGCAAACCCUUGUGAACAGCCGGCACACAACCACCUGCAAACACUCCGUUCGUCGCACCCCAGCCACCAUGCAACAACAACCGGUGCUGCUGGCCCGCCUUGGGCCGGCACGCCUGCUCGCUCGGGAGCGGAAUGUGCUCUGUUACUCGUCAAUUGCCGGUGCUGAGAAGGUGCCCAUGAGCCAGUUCGAGCCGCACGAGUACCUGAACGACCGCUACAAGGCCAUUGAGGAUCGCCUCAAGGUCGUGCGCAAGCGGCUGAACAAGCCGAUGACGCUGGCUGAGAAGGUUGUGUAUGGUCACUUGGAUGACCCCGAGAACGCAGAGAUGAAGCGCGGCGUGUCCUACCUGAGGCUGCGCCCUGACCGCGUGGCGAUGCAGGACGCGACUGCGCAGAUGGCCAUGCUUCAGUUCAUCUCUUCGGGCCUGCCGAAGACCAUGGUGCCCUCCACCAUCCACUGCGACCACCUGAUUGAGGGCACCACCUCGCCCCAGCCGGACCGCGAGGGCAAGUUCGGCGGCGAGGCGGACCUGUCCUUCGCCGUCAAGUCCAACAAGGAGGUGUACGACUUCCUGGCUACCGCCGGCUCCAAGUAUGGCGUCGGCUUCUGGCGCCCCGGCUCCGGUAUCAUUCACCAGAUUGUGCUGGAGAACUACGCCCUGCCCGGCCUGAUGAUGAUUGGCACGGACUCGCACACGCCCAACGCCGGUGGCCUGGGUAUGUGCGCGGUGGGCGUGGGUGGCGCCGACGCGGUGGACGUGAUGGCGGGCCUGCCCUGGGAGCUGAAGGCGCCCAAGGUGAUCGGUGUCAAGCUGACGGGCAAGAUGUCCCGGUGGACCUCGCCCAAGGACGUCAUCCUCAAGGUGGCGGGCAUCCUGACGGUGAAGGGCGGCACUGGCGCCAUCGUGGAGUACUUCGGCCCGGGCGUGGACCACAUGAGCUGCACCGGCAUGGCAACGGUUUGCAACAUGGGCGCUGAGAUCGGUGCCACCACCUCCAUGUUCCCUUACAACAAGCGCAUGCACGACUACCUGGUCGCCACCGGCCGCGCGCCGGCCGCCUCGCUGGCCGACUCGUUCAAGGAGCACCUGAAGGCGGACGAGGGCGCGCAGUACGACCAGCUGAUUGAGAUCAACCUGUCCGAGCUGGAGCCGCACGUCAACGGCCCCUUCACGCCCGACCUGGCGCACCCGCUGUCCAAGUUCGCGGAGGAGAUGCGCAAGAACGGCUGGCCCACGGAGCUCAAGGCUGGCCUGAUUGGCUCGUGCACCAACUCGUCCUACGAGGACAUGGCGCGUGCCGCCUCGGUGGCCCGCCAGGCGCUGGCUGCGGGCAUCAAGGCCAAGGUGCCGUUCACUAUCUCGCCCGGCAGCGAGCAGAUCCGCGCCACCAUUGCGCGCGACGGCAUCAUGGACGUGUUCGACAAGAUUGGCGGCACCGUGCUGUCCAACAGCUGCGGUCCCUGCAUCGGCCAGUGGAAGCGCACGGACGUGCCCAAGGGCGAGGCCAACUCCAUCAUCACCUCGUUCAACCGCAACUUCGCGGCGCGCAACGACGGCAACCCCGCCACCCACUGCUUCGUGGCCUCGCCCGAGCUGGUGACCGCCUACGCCAUUGCCGGCGACCUGACCUUCAACCCCGAGAAGGACACCCUGGUCGGCGCUGACGGCAAGGAGAUCAAGCUGGAGGCGCCCCAUGGCGACGAGCUGCCCUCGCGCGGCUUCGACGCCGGCGCCAACGUGUACCAGGCGCCGCCGUCGUCUCUGGACGAGCGCGGCAAGCUGUCCGUCAAAGUGGACCCCGCCUCGCAGCGCCUGCAGCUGCUGUCGCCCUUCAAGGCCUGGAACGGCGAUGACAUCAAGGACGCCGCUGUGCUGAUCAAGGUGAAGGGCAAGUGCACCACCGACCACAUCUCCAUGGCUGGCCCCUGGCUCAAGUACCGCGGCCACCUGGACAACAUCUCCAACAACCUGCUCAUCGGCGCCAUCAACAUCGAGAACGGCAAGCCCAACGCCGUCAAGAAUGUGGUGACCGGUGCGGAGGGCCCCGUGCCCGCCACCGCCCGCGACUACAAGGCCCGCGGCCUGCCGUGGGUGGUGGUCGGUGACGAGAACUACGGCGAGGGCAGCAGCCGCGAGCACGCCGCGCUGGAGCCCCGCCACCUGGGCGGCGUGGCCAUCAUCGUGAAGUCGUUCGCGCGCAUCCACGAGACUAACCUGAAGAAGCAGGGUAUGCUGCCCGUGACCUUCGCCAACCCCGCCGACUACGACAAGAUUGACCCCACCGACACCAUCUCCAUCGUGGGCCUGAAGACCUUCGCGCCCGGCGUGCCGCUCAAGGUGGUGGGCAAGAAGAAGGACGGCUCGACCUACGAGUUCCCCGUCAACCACACCUUCAACGACAACCAGAUCAGCUGGUUCAAGGCCGGCUCGGCGCUGAACGCCAUGGCCGCCGCCUUCAAGGCCGGCAAGAUGUAAAGCGCUUUUGGGGAAGCGCCCAUGGUGGGGAAAAGCUUAAUUGGAGGGAGGAGCGGAGCUGGAGCCACGCGGCAAGCUCGAGAGGAGGCGAGGAACGCGCACGGUCGCACAGCUGGAUCGACAGGGGAGCUGCUGGACCACCAGCCGUGAUGCGGCGCAGUCGCCUAAUAUGGUUCUUGCGGCGCUGACGGACCCAGGCUGAAAGAAAGACGGUGGCGGCAGCUUAUGAUGGUUUGCGUGCAUGACUGUUGGUAAACGCAUAGGGGCUGUGCGGCGGACAGUGCUACGGGCCAUUUGCAGCGUUUGUUACACGCUCUGUAUGUGCCCCAUGCGCACCGAAGUCAAGUAGUCAUGAGGGGUGAUUGUUUGCUGCUUUUAAGCACUAUUAAACCGGGAACCGCAGAUUGAGCUAAAAUGGUACGUCCCUGACGAAAGGCCCACAUGGUAACAUGUGCAGUGAUGAGGGCUCCCGUACUCGUGUGUUGGCACAAGGCACAUUGCCGAAGGGUUGGUGGCUGAAGAUAAUGUCCAAUAAAGUUGCUGCGCAAGCGGUGCUGGGACAGCAUCCUCUCUCUCGGGUCGCCAGGAGCAGGUGCUGCUCAUCGCGCAACGGCGAGGCAGGCCUGGAUGGGUGGGCAUAUCGUAAGCCGAAAUGCGCAGGCGUGGGGCGCCGGGUUUCUACGGCUGCAGAAGUUGUUAGACCGCAUGAUUCUCCAAUGCUUU